AUUAUGGGUCAAUCUUAAGCAUAACCUCUGAAAGCAUUAUUUAAUGUUGGAAGUGAUAAUGUAUCAUAAAAAUAUAUAUUAAACAAUAGGAGUUUUAAACAAAAUUAAACAUUUUCUUAGGUUAGGAUUCACCUCCAAUUUUACCUAUUGAGGCUAGAGAAGUUAUUAAACAUGAAAAGUUUCCAUAAUUAUUAGAAUCACUUAUUGAAAGGAUGAAACAUGAAAAUAAUAAGAUUGUUUAGAACACCUUAAAGAAUUUAACAAUAUUUAUUCCAAUAUUAUUGGCAGAAAAUCAUUAAUUAAUCAUUUCCAAUAAUUCAAAAGUAGAAGUUGAAGUAGUUAAUAGAAUUACAGUUGUCAAAGCUGAUGAAGACAUUGAACCUUUAGAAGCUGCUAAUUUAGCUUAACCACGAAUGUUCAGAAUCAUUGAUAACCUAAUGGAUUUAUUAUUUAAACCUGGUUUUACAAUUUAAGGAAGAGAUACAUUUAGUUUGGAGAACGACCCUAGAUUAAAAUCCUUGUUAAAAUAAUGGCUUGAUAAAGAUAUUAAAUUAAAAUUAGAAAAUAUUUGGAGAGGUCUAGCUACUUUAACCAAAUAUCCAAAUGAUUAAAAAUAAUAUUACGAAAACAGGGUUUUAGUUUUAAGUUGUUUACUUGCAUGUUUGGAAGAGUAAUUAUAUUUACAAUAACCAAAAUCAAGCUAAGCAUUAAAAUAUUUGGCAUUUGAAGAUCAUGCUGAAAUGUUUGCAUCUCUUUGGGCAGUCAUUUUAUUUCAUAAACAUGGUUACUUUUGGUUUCAAGAUAAUUUAUUAUAUCAAUAAAAAACAUGUAGAUUUAUGGCAAUACUCAGUGCAUAAAUUUUGAAUCUAAUAUUCUCAUUUGAAUAUGAUGACAAUAAAUUUAGAAAAAUUGUUAUAGAAACUAACUUACUUGAUUAUUCUUUUGAUUUGUUGAUUGAAAACAUGCAACAAUCCCUUAUUUAUGAUACUAAUCUCAUUACAACUAAAGCUCAUGAUAAUAAAGGAGUCUAAGAAUUCAUGGGAUUACUUUAUUUCUUAUUGACUAAAAAUUAAUUUGCAGAUAAAUACUUGAAAAAUCUUUCUUAACAAAGGAUUAUUAGUAUAUUAUAAUUAUGCUUGUAUUACAUAGCAUAAUUUAUGGAUAAUGAAGUUAAUUAUGAAGUUUAUUCAAUUUCAUUAGAAAUAUUAGACUUCCUUUUUGACUAUGAAAACAUAGCAAAGAUAUCAUAAGAAAUCGUUGAUGUCUAAUAUAGAGUAAAAGUGUUGCCUAUUACUUCAGGAACUUAUCAAGAUUAUAUAAUUAGCUAUUACAGCCAUCUUUUGCUUUUAGAUUUCACAAGUAGAACCAAAUUUUAUGUUGAGCGUUUCAAAAAGAAAAAUUUGGAUUAUGAAAAUACUACUAUAAGUUAUAAGCCAGAUCUAUUAUGUAGAACAUUAUAUAAAAUGUCCCAAUAUACAAAAUAAAUCUCAUUAGAUGCAUCACUGUUAUUUGAUUAAGCUAUUAAAAAGUAUUAUCUCUAUGAAUUUUUGUUUUUGAAUACUAUUUAAAUAAAGAAUUAAGAAUUAUUGACUUUGUCUUUAUUAAAUUUUAUUAAAAAUGGCUGUUGGACUAUUUUAUAUCAUUUAGUUUAGAAUUGUGAAUAUAUUCUUAAAUUCUAAGUUACAGAUAAAAAAUUAUCAAAGUUUUUCCAAUCUUGCUAUUAAGACUAAUAAGGAAUGAAGAAUUAAGAAAUUGACCAAAAAGAGUUUUAGGAUAGUAUAAUUAGAUUCUAAUUUUAGGAUUUUCAAAAUACAUGUAAAUUUGGAAAGAUAUAAAGAUACGAUUCUAAGGUCUUCAUGUUUAAUAAUUAAAAUAAAUAAUAGGGAUUACGAUAAAUAAUUUGAAUUCCGCCAGUAAAGUAAUUUAAGGAAUAACUAAAGAAGAAUUUAUUGAUUUAUAUAAGAAAACUAGCUGGUCUUUUAUCUUAGAGUAUUAAGUUGAAUUAGAAAAAAGAGAAUUUCAAUUGGAUAUCUAUGCAUUUAAUUAAUAUAAACAACAACUUGAAUACAUGCCAUUAAUUGAUUUAGAAAAAUGCAUUUUCAUUUGA